CCGUCGAGCGGCUUCCGCUCGCAGUCGUGGUCGCGGAGCUCGCCCAGCACCGUGUCGUCCUCGUACAAGCGCAGCGCGCUCGGGCCGCGCCUCGCCUACAGCGCCGCCGUGCUCAGCUCGGCCGAGAGCAGCCUCGACUUCAGCCAAUCGUCGUCCCUGCUCAACGGCGUCUCGGCGGCGGGCGGCGACUACAAGCUGUCCCGCUCCAACGAGAAGGAGCAGCUGCAGGGCCUGAACGACCGCUUCGCCGGCUACAUCGAGAAGGUGCACUACCUGGAGCAGCAGAACAAGGAGAUCGAGGCGGAGAUCCAGGCGCUGCGGCAGAAGCAAGCCUCGCACGCCCAGCUGGGCGACGCGUACGACCAGGAGAUCCGCGAGCUGCGCGCCACCCUCGAGAUGGUGAACCACGAGAAGGCUCAGGUACAGCUGGACUCGGACCACCUGGAGGAAGACAUCCACCGGCUCAAGGAGCGCUUCGAGGAGGAAGCGCGGCUGCGCGACGACACCGAGGCGGCCAUCCGAGCGCUGCGCAAAGACAUCGAGGAGGCGUCGCUGGUGAAGGUGGAGCUGGACAAGAAGGUGCAGUCCCUGCAGGACGAGGUGGCCUUCCUACGGAGCAAUCACGAGGAAGAGGUGGCCGACCUGCUGGCCCAGAUCCAGGCGUCGCACAUCACCGUGGAGCGCAAAGACUACCUGAAGACGGACAUCUCGUCGGCGCUGAAGGAAAUCCGCUCCCAGCUCGAGUGCCACUCCGACCAGAACAUGCACCAGGCAGAAGAGUGGUUUAAGUGCCGCUACGCCAAGCUCACCGAGGCGGCCGAGCAGAACAAGGAGGCCAUCCGCUCCGCCAAGGAAGAGAUUGCCGAGUACCGGCGCCAGCUGCAGUCCAAGAGCAUCGAGCUCGAGUCGGUGCGCGGCACCAAGGAGUCCCUGGAGCGGCAGCUCAGCGACAUCGAGGAGCGCCACAACCACGACCUCAGCAGCUACCAGGACACCAUCCAGCAGUUGGAGAAUGAGCUUCGGGGCACCAAGUGGGAGAUGGCUCGUCAUUUGCGAGAGUACCAGGAUCUCCUCAACGUGAAGAUGGCCCUGGAUAUCGAGAUCGCCGCGUACAGGAAACUCCUGGAAGGCGAAGAGACCAGGUUUAGCACCUUUUCAGGAAGCAUCGCAGGGCCGCUGUACACACACCGACAGCCCUCGGUCACCAUAUCCAGUAAGAUUCAGAAAACUAAGGUAGAGGCUCCCAAGCUGAAGGUGCAGCACAAAUUCGUGGAGGAGAUCAUAGAGGAGACCAAAGUGGAAGACGAGAAGUCGGAGAUGGAAGAGGCCCUGACGGCCAUUGCCGAGGAGCUGGCAGUUUCCAGGCAGGCAGGGAAGGAGGAAGAGCCCCGGGAAGCCGAGGCGGUGGCGGCCACCACGAAGUCUCCAGAGAAGGGCACGGCGCCUGCCCUGGAAGGGGAGGAAGGCGGAGAGCAGGAGGAAGAAGAGGAGGAGGAGGAGGAGGAGGGGGCCAAGUCAGACCAAGCCGAGGAAGGGGGAUCUGAGAAGGAAGGUUCCAGCGAGAAAGAGGAGGGUGAGCAUGAAGGGGAGACUGAGGAGGAAGGCGAAGGAGAGGAAGCUGAGACUAAGGAAGAGAAGCCAAGCGAGGGGAAGAGGGAGGGCGUGGUGGCCAAGGUGGACACGCCCGAGAAGGCCAAGUCCCCCGUGCCAAAGUCGCCAGUGGAAGAGGGGAGGCCAAAGGCAUCCCCAGGAGCUGGGAAAGGCGAGCAGAUAGAGGAGGCAGGGCAGGUGCAGGGGGCAAAGAAAGCAGCAGCCACGGAGGCCGCCAAGGAGACGAAGGCCGAGAGCAAGGACGGCACCCUGCAGGCCGCGCCGGAGAAGAAGGCGGCGUCCCCAGGGAAGGAAGAGGCCACGCGGGAGGUGGUGACCAUCACCAAGGCCGUCAAGGUGAGCGUGGAGACGGGCGCCAAGGAGGAGAGGCCUCAGCAGCCCCAGAAGGAGAGAGCCGAAGAGGAGGGGGGGAGCGAGGAGGAAGGCGGGGACGCAGGGGCACAGGCGUCCAGGAAGGAAGACAUAGCCAUCAACGGGGAGGUGGCAGGGGAGGCGCCGGGGCAGGAGCCCCAGGAGAAGGGCAGCCAGGGAGAAGACAUGGGCGUUGUCACCAACGGGCUAGACCUGAGCCCAGCAGAUGAGAAGAAGGCGGGUGACAAGAGUGAGGGGAAAGUGGUGGUGACCAAAAAGAUAGAAAAAAUCACCGAAGGGGGAGACGGUGCUACCAAAUACAUCACUAAAUCUGUCACUGUCACUCAAAAGGUCGAAGAGCAUGAGGAGACCUUUGAGGAGAAGCUAGUGUCUACUAAAAAGGUAGAGAAGGUCACUUCACACGCCAUAGUGAAGGAAAUGGCCCAGAACGACUGAUAACUUGAGGCCGUUCAAAAGGUUAAGCCAUAUGACAAUUUCAAAAUGCAUGUGAUUGACAGCUUCAGCGUAGAACGGGUUCUCCCAUGGGGGCUCCAGACAUUGUAUUUUACCUUGUGCAAUAUGAGGGAACUGCAUGCAAGCUCAGGUCGCUCCCUCCUCCGUCUUUUGGGGGGUUCAAAUGCAUGAUAUUGUAUGUACCCGGGGAAUCGGCCAAUUUCCUAAGCUGCCGGAAGGGGGGCACUCAGAGGGGGGAUGUCUUGAGAUGUAUUAUGCAAAGAACCAACUGAGCCAAAAAUAAAUGAAACACAGAACUCUCCUAGCCUUAA